AUGCGGCGACAUGACGGCGGACUACACGCCGGCAAGGUUGUCUUCGUAACCUCCCCUGCUCUCCCUCCCUCCUCCCAUCUGUAGCACUUCUCCCUGCUGAGCAGAGUCAAACAUGUCGAAUGCACCACCAACCCCGAUCCAGGAAUCCUACACCGAUGUCCUCAUCAUCGGCGCGGGCCCAACAGGACUAAUGGCAGCAACUGCCCUCCGGCGCGCUGGCGUCGACGUCCGGAUCGUGGACAAGAAACCUCAUGGUGUCACCUCGGGCCAGGCAGACGGUCUGCAGCCUCGGACGUUGGAGAUACUUCAGACCUACGGUCUCGCGGACGACCUUCUUCGCCAGGGAGCCCAAAUCCGUGUAUCGGCGUUCUACAACCCAUCCACAACCGGCGAUGGGAUCGAGCUCACCAGCCGUACCCCGUCUAUGGCGGCCGCCGCCUCGGACGCGCGCUACCCGUAUAGCGUAAACCUCCACCAGGGCCUUAUCGAGCAGAACUUCCAGAAUGCGUUGCGUGCCAUGGAAGUGGAGGUCGAGCGCUCGACGGUCCCGACGUCGAUUGAGAUCUCGGAGGAUGAAGGGGUCUUGCAGGAUCCGGAGGCGUAUGCGGUGAAGGUCCACCUUGACUGCGCUCUCUCCCCCUCCGAGACGGCCUCCUCACUCCUCCACGCCCGCUUCGUCGUUGGCGCCGACGGCGCGCGAUCCUGGACGCGCAAGGCCCUCGGCCUCGUCCUCGAGGGCGAGCAGACCGACCUUUACUGGGGCGUUAUUGACUUCGUGCCCGAUACCGAUUUCCCGGACGUGCGCAACUUCUGCGCAUUGCACACGCAUCACGGGUCGCUGAUGUUGAUUCCGAGGGAGGGGGAUAUGGUGCGCAUAUAUGUGCAACUGGACAAGGACGCGCUGGAUCUGGAUGAGAAGGGCGAUGUGAAGAGGGAGAAGUUGUCGCCGGAGGUGUUAAUGCAGGUAGCGAAGCGCUGUCUCCGGCCCUUUCACAUAGAUCUCGAACACCCUGACUCGGGCUACCAUUGGUGGACCAUAUACCGUGUCGGUCAACGCGUCGCGAAUCAGUUCGCUGUGCGCGAUAGGGUGUUUCUGGCUGGCGAUGCGACGCAUACACAUUCUCCGAAGGCUGGACAGGGGAUGAACGCAGGCAUUGGAGACGCGCACAACUUGGCGUGGAAGAUCGCCCAGGUCCUGAAGGGUCACGCUGAUAUGUCGCUGCUGAAGACGUACGAGUUUGAGCGGCGUCAGUACGCGCAAGACCUGAUCGCCUUCGACAAGACGUAUGCGAAGAUGUUCUCGGGGAGGCCGCCGUCCAGAGAUAAUACAACCGGUGUUACCCACGAUGAGUUCUAUAAAGUGUACAAGAGGUCCAGCUCGUUCACGACCGGCAUAGGCAUCACCUAUGCACCCUCUGUGAUUAAUAGACCCGCGCACGAAGAGUACGCCUCCGGUAUCACUAUCGGCGCAAGGUUCCCGCCCCGCGUCCUUCUCCGUGCGGCGGACGCUAUGCCGAUUAACAUCCAUGACCUGCUGCUGGCGAAUGGGAGGUUCAAGGUCCUCGUCCUCGCCGGCGACUACACGCGACCGACAUUCGCGACGGACGUUCGACAAUUUGCCGAAGAUUUGACGGCCCUUCUGGCGAAGUACGGGAGGGCGACGGCUCUAGAGUCAAUGGACGUUGUCACUAUCCUUGCAGGGAAGCAGGACCCAGGAUGUAUCCUGCCUUUGCCGCCAGUCAUCAGGCUUCAUUGGAGCAGCGUACUCGUUGACGGUACUGAAGCGGGAGGACUGCUUGUCAACCCAGGAUAUAGCCAAUACUAUGGCAUAGAUCCCUCAAGCGGCGCCGUUGUGAUAGUCCGUCCUGACGCGCAUGUCGGUGCCGUCAUGCCUCUUCUCCAGGCCGAAGGGCUGAUGGACUACUUCGGCGCAUUUUUACGCCCCCGUUCUGGUAGGAGAGCGUGAGGUGGCUGCGAGGUGCCCGCAUGUACUAGCGUUGCUACAGUGCCAAGGCCCCAUGUAAGCGCCAGAGUAUCAGAUUGGUCGUGUACACUCGACCUAGCAUGCGGGGCGCUCGAUAACGACGGGAUUCAUCGCACUCAUCAAGGCGUCGGGUGGAUAGGCGGGAAGAGCGGCUCUGCCGCUUCUGUCGCUGUGACGUGGAGGACGAGGGUCAUGCGCUGCUUGUGUGUGAAGGGGAUGACGAGCUGGUGCGGUUGAGACAGGAACUGGUCGACAGUCUUGCGCUCAAGGGCCUGCUCGGGAGGUGCGCGCAGUUGGGAAUAUCGGGGACCAUACUGCAUUUAUCCCAUCAUAAGCGCGAUGACGUGGUGGCGAGCUGGGCACGGUAUGUUUAUCGGGUGCUCUCACUCUUCGAGCGCUCAGCAAUAUUUGUACCUCCUGGUUAUCGAGUCCAAUAACUGCAUUAUACCGUUUCUGUCGUGCUGC